AGAAGAUAUUCCCACAUAUCAACUCAACCAUAUCAUUCGCAACCGACUAACAACUCAAGCCCAUAAAAAAUAAAACUUUGAUUUUUCAUCGGAACUCUCAUCAUGAAUCGAGGCUGCUACAACUGUGGUGGAGGUGGUCAUUUGGCCGCCGCAUGCCCCAAAUCAGGAACCCCGAGUUGCUACAACUGUGGUGGUGAAGGUCACAUUUCAAAAGAUUGUUCUAAUCCUACCGCCCCGAAAAGCUGCUACACUUGCGGCGACUCAGGUCACAUAAGUCGAGACUGUUCACAACAAAAGACGAACUGUUUCAAAUGUGGAGAGGAAGGCCAUUACUCUCGUGAUUGUCCCCAAGCCGGAGGAGGAGGAGACCAAGGCUACCAAUCGUAUUCGGGUGGACGCGGACGAGGCGGCGGCGGCGGCGGCUCACGAAACUGCUACACUUGUGGAGGCGUAGGCCACUUAUCUAGAGACUGUGUCGGAGACCAGAAGUGCUUCAAUUGCGGCGAGGUGGGCCAUGUGAGCAGAGACUGCUCGCGUCCUCAGGCUAAGAACUGUUACGCUUGUGGCCAAUCGGGUCACAUCAGUAAAGAUUGCUCAAUCCCUGUGUCUUAGAUAAAUCCUCAUAAUCCGAUUUUUCUCAGACUCAUGCAUCAGAAAAAAGACCCCGUUUUGAUUGAGAUUCCUGGUUGUUCCUUAUCACCUUCUGCUGAAUUCACCCCAAAUAUGUAUCCUUGAGCUAUAUAUAAUGAUCCAGUCUUCCCAAACAAACUAAAAAAGUGAACCAACUAAAAAAUGGGAGAGAGACAGUGGUUAUUAUGUUACAUGUAUCUCUCCUCUAAUUUCCCUUUUUGUUCUUUCAAUGACUUGGAAGGAUCAAACUAACCCAGCUGGAUUUUACACACUCUCUUGUGUUUCUUUAUAUAUAUAUUUUUCACUGCUUAGCUCUUGGAGUGAAAAUGAGUACUGUUAAAUGCCAUUGGAGAAUGAUGGGUA